CGACAUUUAUGUCAAUCUUGAUUUUCCCCCAUUGUGUAAGGGUUUUUUUAAAUCGUAUGCUUUUUUAUUUAAAUUAAUAAUACAACGUUGUUAAUGCUUGUCAUGAUAUAAAGUAAAACCUUCAGCAAUCUAUGAUAUUGUGUUUUCACAUGUACAUAAAAUGUUAUAUUGGAUGUCAAGAGAUACGAAACCGCUAAUUAAAGGUCUUUUGUUAAGAAGACAGAUUGAUGUGCAUUAAAACGUUUAAGAUUAAAUAAUAAGAUGUUGCUUGCAACCACCGUAAGAGUUUAUUAAACCUUUGUUUAUUCCUGACACUUACAUGUGAAUUGACAGCUGACAGUGAGAAGUUGUUAUUGAUUUGUGUUAUAUUACAAUUGAGAACUCGCUUAACUAAACACAAACAUAAUAUGAAAGAAAAAAUAAAUGAUACAACGUUGGAAAAGAUACCUGAAGCCAUUUUAGAAGAACUUAUCGAAUUCUGUUGUUAUACAAUGAAUGGAAAAUUGCAAUCAAACAGUAGCAAUGAAACGAUUUCGUUAUGUGCAGGGUUUUAUUCUACGUGCCAUGACGGGCGUACUGAAGAAGAUGGUGACUUUUCGUUGAUCGCUCAAAUACUCAUGUUGACACUGUCUAUUGCAGCAUUUUUACUAAACUCGUCUGUUAUAAUAUACUUCAAAAUGUUUAAACACAAAAAACAAUCUUCAGAAUACGUUCUGCUAAGCUUCUCAUGCGCCGAUGCAAUCUUUGCCUUUGUAUUAACACUAGCGUUAGCAAUACCAUUGGCUGCAACAACCGCAACUAAAUCAACCCUGGAGAGUUUUGAAUUAGUUACUGAUCAGAUCGUACAGUUUUCAAUCUAUGCAUCAGUUUUCUAUGUUUUGGCAAUUACACUGGAACGGUUCUGUGCUGUAAUUGCACCAUUUAAAUACUCAAUUUAUGUAAAAACAAAGAAAAGGAAGAAAUACAUUUUUGUAAUAUGGAUUCUUACAUUAUCCCUGCAAGGAAUUAUGGCAAUAGUUGAACAUGUCGGCCCUUCCCACAUGAAACAUGAAAGGGAAAUUAUUGUAGAAAAAACAUGGGCUGUUAUUGUUCUUGUUUGUGGGUUUACAUGCUUUGUAGUUUAUUCGUUAACGUUUAUUUACUUGUCACGUGCUUGGAAAAUCACAAAUAAACUAAAAUCGCGUGGUUGUAGUAAAAAAGAAAAAAUAGCUCUCAUUACAGCUGUUUUAAUGGCUAUUGGAUUUUUAAUAUUCACUGUUCCUAUAUCAAUAUCCAUGUUUUAUCAGCAUUCACAUUCAGCUACUGUUGUUGCUGUUCGUUGCUUGUUUAUCACUAACGCCAUUUUUAACCCUGUAGUAUAUUUUUGGAGAGGACAAUGGAUCAAGCGCAAAUCUCAAAGAGAAUCACAAAGUACGACAAUGCAUCAAUCGAUAAAAGCCUCUGAAGGCUUGUUGAACACUUUAAAUACUAAUGUUUAGCUCUGCAACAGUUUUUGGCUUCACUUAUAGCAUAACAGUAUAACAGGAGAAGAAUAGUUAAUUGUUCCGACCUUUACUUGCAACUCUUUUAGCGCUGGAAUACAUAUUCGGAUAAAUUGGCAUUUUUCAUUCACAAAUACAAAAAAGCUGAUUUUUUUUAACCUUAAUUAGAAACUCAUAAAUCUUAUCAUUCUCUGCAUAAUAAUUUGUUAAUCUCAUUGUUGUACUGCUUUCAGGCGGUAGAACCUUAAAAUGGUCUCCUUUUUUGUCGCUGUUUUCACUACUGAAACUAGUAAAGCAUGGAAGGUACCAGUGGUACGUAAAUUAUUAGUUUUUAAGUACCGAUAACAUUUUUCUACUUUCUUAUUAUUUUAUUUUGGUGUGCCAGUUGAAAAUAAUUAAUUAGUAAUACUGCGAGCACUUUUUCUGCACAAUUGUAGAGCUAAAGCAAAUAUUCCCUGUGUCCUCUACAGAGGAGUAUUUGCUUCAGUUUUCCAAUGGGAAUAAAUGAGGAAUCCGCUGAAGAACUUCCUGUCGAAAAAGUUGCUUUUUUUAUAGCGUUUCUGUACAAUCAUGUUAAAAUGAUAAAUGAAAAAUCAAUUUCGCACAAAAAAAUUGUUGUUAACU